GUGGCACCCUAACAGGACGCGGCAACUCCGUCAAAGCUGCCCACCUACUGCACCAAACUCUUGACUGGAAAUUUGGAAACUAAGCAGCAGAAGUUCCCGCAUUUCGCCAGACUAACAAUUUGCGUAGACCUACAUGCUGCGUAGGUCAAGGGUCAUCGGGAGCCACGAAAAGCUUGAUUUAGACUGCGGUGGCAGUGACCUCUCAGCCAGACAGGUGUUGAUGUCCUAGUGCAUCACACGCACAGACAAACGGCUCCCUGCUUGUAACUAUGUAGACCUCACUAUCAUUUAAACGUGUUCAGAGUCUCGCAAGUUCAGUUGGUUCUGAGAGAGCCAGAACCUGUUCCUCUGUCCCAGACGUUUUUGACUUGGCUCACACAAGGCGGAUAGUGGAGAGACAAGCAGCACCAAGGGAGAGGAAGCCACGAAAACAUGGUGAGGUGGCGAUCAGGUAUGGAGGCGGCGGUACUGGUGGCGUUGGUGGCGCUGGCGGUGCCCACGCCCGCGUCCGCGACGGAUACUCAGGCGGACUCGAUCGCCGCCGUCCUCAGGGAGGUCACAGGUCAGCUGGAGAGGUUCAACACCCUAUACAUUAACAAGCUGGAGCGAGAACUAUCGAGCAGCACAGCCAAGAUCGCGGCUCUGGAAUCGGCCGUCAGGAGCAUCGGCGACCGCGCUGCCGCCUGGGACAACAUCCAAAACCACAUGACUGUGUGGACGGACCAGUCGCGCACGAUGGAGCGGAAGUUGGAUCUGCUCAACAGGUGUCACGAGAAGCAAGAUACCUGGGAAGUAAAGCUGAACGCCGUGGACGCUCUCAACCACAAGCUCACGGCGCUCGACAAGAAAAUCAACGCCAUGACGCGACUCGAGUUCAAGGUGGAGCAAGUGUCCGAAAGGGUAGAAGAAGUGAAUUCUAAAGUCAACUGGGUGAAGAAGCAGAUGGCGGCGCCGGAGCAACCGAUCAUCACAGAAUUUGCGGGGCGCGGCCUGCUCAGUUCGCUUGUGCAGAUCGAGUCCAAGCUUGAAAAUAUAUCCAGCAAGCUACCGAGCAUGGGCGGCGGCAACGGCGGCAACGGCGGCAACGGCGGCGGCAGUGGUGGAGGGUAUAGCGCAGGCAGUGGAGGCGGCGGAGUCUUCUCCUCCUUCAAAAGGCCUAGGCAGGUGUAUGGGUCGCGGUUCCGGCAGCUGCGCCCCACGGUGGAACCCGAGCCAGGGAUCCACUUCACCAACGGCGACGAUGCCAAUACAUGCCAGUUGCAUCCAAGGGACUCGAGGAGACUACAGGACGUGAGCGCUAAAGUUGACCUGCUGUUUGACCGCAUCACUGAUCCAGAUUAUGACUAUGAUUAUUUCGUCAGUCACAUGCCGAGACCGUCGUCGCUGAACAGCCAGAGCAGCGGCUCCAACGGAGGCUCGGGUGCCGGUGAGGGUGAGGCCUCGCCCGAACACCUCUUUGCAAGAUUCUGGAAGAGUAUGUUCUCGCCUUUCAAGAAAAUGAACAGGAAGAUCAGAGUCUUUGAAAAUCAACUUGCCGCUGUUCAGAAAUCGUGCAACACCAGCUUCAGCAUGGAAGGCUACGCAGCAGAAGUGGGCGGCGUGCUGCAGAAGAAGCUCAUGCCCCUGGACGAGGCUCUGCGGGAGGAGAUGCUGGAGACGCGUGUGGCUGUCAAUGAUCAGGCAGCCAACAUUGAGAAGGUUUCGCAGGCUGUGGGUAACACAGCAUAUAUGGGCGAGCAGUUGCUGUCGGAGAUAAAGAACCAGUUCCACGCCCAGCGAGUCAUCAUCCAGGAGCGCUUCGACGAGACCCGUGGCCUCAUUCUCCAGUACUGCGGUAACGGCGGCGGCGGCGGUGGCGGCAGCGGUGGCAGGCCGCCCUACAACCCCCCUGCCGCCCCCCGCUCCCCCUCCUACCCCACCACCCCUGUGCCCUCCAAACCGUCCAUCCCAGUCUUUCCCACGACGAGACUAAAGAAGGUCAGGAACAGACACAAUCGUGUACAUCCUGAUGCAGAGCCGGAAAUACACACAUUACAAGGCGGAAGGGGACACAGGUUCAAAUAUCGCUACAAGUAUAGGUAUAAUGACCCUCUCCAGAGAGCUUUGGUACAAAGCCAUCGCCAAGUCUCCAAAGUGGCUUCAAGGCCCCAGUCAGCCCAGGCCCGGAGAGGCAAGAUAAAAGGCUAUCGCCAGUCCGCUUCUCAUGAGGACACCCCGCAUGACAUGGCUCAGCCCGAGAGCCAGUCGAGGAUGAGUCCCAAGCGCCAGCAAUCCCAAGGGUUGUCGGACCAGGGGAGUGCGGGGCGAUUGGGACGGAGUGCAAACGACCAAAAACCGACUGCCUCGGAGGUCAGUGACAUCAGGGACUGCACCGACCUCCUGAGUCAAGGAUACAAGCGUAGGAUUGUCUUCAACUUCAAUCCGGACUCACAGAGACACUCCGACGGUCAUGAUUACUUCCACAGGUACUGCGACCAGGAGACAGCCGGCGGAGGAUGGACGGUGAUCCAGCGACGAGGCAUGUUCGGGCCACCCUUCUACAACUUCACCAAAUCGUGGAGGGACUAUAAACUGGGCUUCGGUGACCUCUCGCAAGAAUUCUGGUGGGGGAACGACAACAUAUACAGGAUGGUGAGGAGCCAAGAUACUGUCAUCCGGUUCGACCUGUGGGACUUCGAGGGCAACUACGCCUACGCUGAAUACCUGAGUUUCUCCAUCGGCCCGGAGAGCGACAACUACCGGCUCAGCGUGUUCGACUACCGAGGCAACGCGUCAGACAGCUUCUCCGCCCACAACGGCUACCUCUUCUCCACCGUGGACAGAGACAACGACGAGGCCCCCGACUGCUGCCCCUGCGCCCCGGCAUACGGAGGAGGGUGGUGGUUCUACAGCUGCUUCGAGAGCAACCUGAACGGCGAUUACUUCACCAGCCCGAAGGACAACGACUACUACCGCGGGAUCAUCUGGGAGCUGUGGCUCGGCGACUACUCCCUCAAGGCCACCGAGAUCAAGAUCCGCCCCGCCAGCUUCUCCGGCGGCGUCGCCACCCCCGACCUCCCUUACCCCCCGACUCCUAUCCCCGACCCGUACCCGACCGAGACCCUGGAGCCCGAGCUGCCCCUCCGACAGCCGGUCCAGAACGCAUAGGAGGUCCUCGCGGCAGAGCAAGGAUGCGGCCCGAGCGGAGGACUUAUGGCUCGAGGAAUAGCCUGGUGCAGCGGUUGCACAAGCAACAUCUAGGCAACAUUUACGGUUAUCAUUUCAAACACUUGGUGGAAAACAAUCCGAUGACAAUGAAUAUCCAUUUCUGUAUUAUUCUUAGUCUUCGCGAAAUAUCAAGUCUCUUGAGUUGUAUUUCGACUGCGAAAUUCGUCAUUCACAAAAGAACUAAGAAAUUAAUCAAUACUUCCCCCUAAUUCUUCACUCAUACUUGACCUUUUCUUCUUACUCAAGUGGCACUCAGUGUCCGUCCAUUAACAUAUCAGCAUGCAGAUACAUAUUCCUGUGUCAUGUUGUAAAAUAUCAUGAUACAUUCUUGUUGGCCUUCGCGAAAAUAAAAGAUCUUGUGUCUCUACACAGUUUGUCCCACUUGCCAUCCGUUUGGUUAAAGAAGGGAAUAUGGUUAACUUCUAGCUUUUCGGGUAAAAUAACAUUUAACUUUUUUAUAUAAAUAAGUAAACAUCAGUUUUAUUGAAGCUUGUAUAAUAAUAGGUACGAAUCGAUAAGGCCAUUUCCAGUGCAAAGUGUUACUUUCUGAAUCUGACUGCCAUUAAGCUUAUUAAUAUGAGUCUGAUGUGUAGACACAGAAAGUAU